GGGGGUCUGUUUCCUGUCUGAUCCUCAGCAUGGAGGAGCUCCCCUGGGGGAGGUGUCCCUGCAGCGGAGCCUCUGUGCAGCAGCAGGUCGGGCAGUCCCACACUUGGAUCCGGACCCCUGCCCUUGUGGGUAGGAAAGGGGAGCCCCGUCCUCACAGCCAUGCUUUCCGCUUGGCCCUUAUCCAGCUUCAAGUUUCUUCCAUCAAAUCAGACAAUGUCACUCGAGCUUGUAGCCUUGUCCGAGAAGCAGCAACACAAGGAGCAAAGGUGGUUUCUCUGCCGGAAUGCUUUAAUUCUCCAUAUGGCACAGAUUAUUUUCCUGAAUAUGCAGAGAAAAUUCCUGGUGAAUCCACACGAAGGCUUUCUGAAGUAGCAAAGGAAUGCAGCAUAUAUCUCAUUGGAGGCUCCAUCCCUGAAGAAGAUGCUGGGAAAUUGUAUAACACCUGUGCUGUGUUUGGGCCUGAUGGAACGUUGCUGGUGAAGCACAGGAAGAUCCACCUGUUUGACAUUGAUGUUCCUGGGAAAAUUACAUUUCAAGAAUCUAAAACUUUGAGUCCUGGUGAUAGUUUCUCCACAUUUGACACCCCUUACUGCAGAGUGGGCCUAGGUAUCUGCUAUGACAUACGCUUUGCAGAGCUUGCACAAGUCUACUCACAGAAAGGCUGCCAGUUGUUGGUGUAUCCUGGAGCUUUCAAUUUGACCACUGGACCAGCCCACUGGGAGUUACUUCAGCGAGCCCGAGCUGUUGAUAAUCAGGUGUAUGUGGCCACAGCCUCUCCUGCCCGGGAUGACAAAGCCUCCUAUGUUGCCUGGGGACACAGCACCAUUGUGAAUCCUUGGGGAGAUGUCCUAGCCAAAGCUGGCACAGAAGAAACAAUCCUGUAUUCAGACAUAGACCUGCAGAAGUUGGCUGAAAUACGCCAGCAAAUUCCCAUUUUUAGGCAGAAGCGAUCAGAUCUCUAUGCAGUGGAGAUGAAAAAGCCUUAAGGUUUAUAUUUCCAACAUGUUAUGCAGCACGAAGAUAUGAUUCUGCAACGUGAUCAACUCCCUAUUCAAUUCUUUAGUGAAGAUCCCUUUCCUUCCCAGUGUGCUCUCUGUUGAGAGGAGGAGGCUUUAUUAAAUAGUUACACCAUAUUAAAUAGUUACAAAGGACUCGGGCUGGCUUCAGAGAGCAGGAGGAAGGCUUGGCUCAGAAGCUUCUUCCAUGUUGAUGGUGCCUCAGAGCAGUCUGAAGUGUCAUCUUGGAAUCCUAGUGGUUAGUUCACCUGAUAGAAAUGUAAUUUUGUCAUGAACUUCUUAUCCUACUUGUUGGAGUUGGAAUCCAUUGUCUAGAAACCUUGGUCUGGUGCUGUUAUUUGCCUCACUUUUGAUCCCUGAGUAGCUAUGGGAAGCAAGAUGAUAGGUUCUUGGAGUUUGCAAAAGAAAGAGGUAGGCCCUCCUUUCAAAUUCAAGAAGGAGCUGGUGAUUCAACCUGGACCCUCUGCUCUCCGAGGAGGACUGGGUCAACAGUGAGCCCUAUGGGAGAAUGCCAGUGUGGCACUGGUGAAGGCAACUUAGGAUGAAUCUCAGCAUAGAGUUGAGUAUAUGAAAAUCUUGUCUUUCUGUUUUUGCUUUUCUCUUUAAUAAUACUUUCUACCUCCACAGAUAGUCAGACCAUAGAUAUUCUUUUUUGUCUCUGGAUAUUUUAAUACAAUUAAAAAUUUAGGAUUCCAGUGAGUUUUUAUAUAUGUACAUUAAGUUUGGUGGUGGACUAGAACAAUCAGCUGUCUGAGAAAAAGCCCUGGUCUUGUAGCAAUUGCCGAUUUCUGCGAUGUUACUGCUUCACCAUGGCUGAGUUCAAGCUAUCAGCCUGAUACCUCUCAACACAGAGUUGGAAACAGAUGUGCGCAGUUGGUUCUUGUGAGCUGGUGCAAUCCUACUAUAGUGCACACUGCUUUUAUAUAUACGUAUAAACAUAUUUUAUAUACACAUAUAGACAUUUACUGUUUUGGAAAAUAAAACCGAAAAAGUUUUCAGAUAAAAGAUACAUGAGUACACAUUGCAUCAGCUAUAAGAGUGAAGAUACCAGGUGCAUUUAACUUCUGGAAAAUAGCACCAUCUACUCAGUGAAAAAGACAAAUGACUUUUUAAAAAUGUGUAUACAGUUUGAUAAAAUGUGACGCACACACAUAGAUGAACAUAGCUACCACCUCCUAAAGUUUCUUUGUGCUCUUUUAUAAUCUCUAGUUAUUCAUCUAUCCCAAAGUAACCACUGAUAACUUUUAUCACUGUAGAUUAACUUUCAUUUCCUAGAAUUAAGUAAAAAGGGAUCAUGCCAUAUGUACCUCUUAAUUAUUUGGAGAUUCAUCUAUGUGUACAUUAGUAAUUCAUUCCUUUUCAUUGCUGAGUUGUAUUCCAUUGUAAAGCUAUGCCAUAAUUUGUUUAUCCACUUACCUUUUAUGGACAUUUGGGUUGUUUCCAGUUUGAAGCUAUUACUAAUAAAGCAUCUAGAACCAUUUUA